CAGAGCAAAAACUUCCCACAAAAUCAACACUAAACAGCUGAGCUGGAAAAUUAUCUUUUCGGGAAGUAGCAGGUCCUGAAUUGGCGUUUGCAGGCAGUUCUGCUAUUGUUCUUGUCGGUUCAAUGGGAUCCGAUAUCGACUUUAAUCAAUAGUUGCAACUUUUUCCUCUGUGAACACUUGAAAUAGCCUAUUGCAGCCUACUAUGGACCACGCAGCUGAUUUAAUUUGUUUCUCGUUUUCCGGAUACUUGCGCUUUGUUAUUCUAUGUUUGUUGCACUUCAAGACGUUCGGCCAGUUUGGAGCUCCGGAGUGUUACGCGGGGGGCCAUCGCACCUUAAGGAACCCGUACCGUAGCAUUGACUUUGACUCCAGUGAGCUCCAGAACACGGCUAUCCAGGAGCUCAUCUGCGACCACUCGCUGGCCCCAGGCUGGUACCGCUUCAGCAUCAACAACAAGCCAGCAGAGAUGCCCACCAGCUGUGUGGAGAUGAACAGGUGUGGGACUCAGGCGCCAGUGUGGCUGUCUCUGAAUGACAGCUCCCUGCCUCGACCUGGCCAGGUCACCCAGCUCUCAGCCUGCGCCACCUGGCAGUUCUUCCAGGGCAGCACCAAGGACUGCUGCCUCUUCCGCAUCCCUGUCUCGGUACGCAACUGUGGGGACUUCCUGCUCUACUACCUGCAGCCCACCCAGGGAUGCAUGGGCUACUGUGCUACAGUCAUUUCAGAAUUUACUCCUAAAUUCUGCCCGUCUGGUGAGGUGGAAGUUAACGGUCGAUGCAAAGCCAACCUCCUACCACUCUCCUCCAAGCCUGUGAUCAGCCCUGAGCUGGUGGGCAACAGCGUCCACCUGAGAUGCUCCUUCAGUGGGGUGACCUCCAGCCCACCAGUGGGCUACCUGGUGGUGUGGGCAAGGCACAUCGGCCCUAAUAUGAAAGCUGAGAUCAGGCAGGAUUCCACCCUGCAGACGUUCUCUCUGGUGGAGAUGGAUGGGCUUCACUUCAGACUGGGGGAAACGUUUUCUUGCAGUGUUUCUACGUUCCGGGGCAACUACACCCACACACGAUCUGUGGCAAAGGAGAGUGAGGGUUUCUAUGCUGGAAUCAAGUUCUCUCCAGAUGUCCUCCACAUUGCAGAGGACAGUAAGGAGCACCAGCUGACCAUCCACAGCACCGUUCCCAUACCCUGUCAUGGCCCCCAGCCCAGCCACUACUGUGGAGUCCCCCUUACUCUGACUGUCCACGAGCCAGACAGUCUGAGCGUGGAAGCCCCCAACAUGGUCCUGUCCACCUGUCAGGUGACACUGCAGUCCUCGCCGUGCGGGGAUGACGGCUGCGGCCAUGCCAGCCUCCUGCUCACCGCCGUCUCCGACUUCACCCGUGACGGCAACCGGGCCAGCCUCCUCAGCAUCCACCCAGGCCCCACUGCCCCACGCCUCUGGAGGGGCUACAGCCCUGAUCCCCUUAAGGUCAUAGUUCAGGACGUUCCUACUGCCAACUGCUACUCCCUCACCGAUCCCCACAUCAUCACCUUAGAUGGGAGGCGCUAUGAGAACCAUCAGACGGGCACAUUCGUGCUGUACCGCAGCCUGACCAGAGACUUUGAGGUCCAGGUUCGCCAGUGGGACUGCGGGAGCCGCCACUACGCUGUGGCCUGCAACUGUGGCGUGGUGGCUCGGGAUGGAGACCAGGUGGUCACGUUCGAUAUGUGCAACGGGCAGCUGCAGGAAACCAGGCCCCGCCUCUCUCUUAAGAACCUGGGCCCCGGCCGGGAGAGUCGCAUCCAGAUUCUGGAGUCCAACCAAGGCAGGAAAGUCACUUUGAUCUUUCCCUCCGGGGCCUUUGUUAGGGCCGACGUCAGCGAUUGGGGAAUGAGCUUGUCAAUCAGGGCGCCCAGCGUGGACUACGGCAGUACACGCGGCCUUUGUGGGACGUUCGACAGGAACGGACGCAAUGACUUCCACGGGCGGGAUGGAAGCACCUAUGGCAGCGACGACCACGGACGCUUCAUUGAAGACUGGAGGAUUGCCCCUGGAGAGAGCUUAUUUGACACCACGCCACCAUCUCAAGUGUCCCCGAAGAAGAGAAGGCCUUUCUGCCAGUGUCAGCGGGGAUACAGCGUGUCUCUCCAUGCCACGGAAACUGCAGACAGGUUUUUUCCUCCGCAGACCGAGUGUCUCUCUCAUGACAACGUGGAUUAUACCUCUGUGUUCCCAUCAGUGGACACCACGUCCGAGCACACCGAGAGUUCCGAAGAAACCAUCAUGGAUCUGUCGUCAGCCUUACAGAGCCCAGCUCUGCCUGUGGAGAAUUGGCCCUCUAGGAUCCACAGGGGCUUUGAAGAGCCCAGAGGUGAUAGCGAGCUGGAUCGAAUGUUCAGGGAAGACUUUCUAGUAGCGGUAGAUAGGCCUAAGAGACAGGCCAUGUACGAGUUCCAGCCCAUCUUCACAACCCAGAGCCUGAGUCAGACAGACCUGGAGAGCCUUGCUUACUUCUUCCCCGACGACCACUUGUCGGGCCCACGGCCAGCGGUCCAGCCUGCUUGGCCCACGCCCAGCGGCCUGACCUCGGUGAAGGCUCUGGAGCUCUGCCAGCUUGCGCUGGCCAACUCCACGGUGGGCACGGUGUGCCAGAGUGUGCUGGGCAGGCGUCUGGACGAGGCGGUGCACCUGUGCAUCCUGGACCUGCAGCUGAAAGAUGACCUGGCCUGGGAGGAGGCCCUGCUGCCUUACCUGGAGAACGAGUGCGAGAGGAGGCUGAUGGAGAACAGGACGCUGCGCGCCCUGCAGCUGGCUCCAGGGCCCCUGGGGGCGUCCGGGGAGGUGGUCACUGCUUUGCGCUGUCCCAACUUUUGCAACAACAAUGGCGACUGCACAGAGUGGGGCUGCCAGUGCUACUCUGGACACAGCUUUUAUGACUGUAGUCUCGCUAUCAGUCAGCCCGUUGAACUGACCGACCUGGAGAACGGCGGCCUCUGUGACAUCCGGGCGUUUGACUGCCGCACCGUCCGCGUCUUCGGCCUGGGAUUCAUCGACUCACCCGACCUCGGGUGCUUCGCCACGCGACUGACGUAUGUAAAUGGAGAGUGGGUUUCUGGAGAGAAGCAGAGAAGCCGGGCCACCUUCCUGAGCUCCAAAACCAUCGACUGCACCGUGCCCUCCCUGAGCAGCGUAGAGGACCACACCCUCGAGUUCAUGAUGGGCGACAAACCCUACGCGCGCUGGGAGAUUAAGGUGACCAAUGACGGGUCCCACUACACUCAGCCCAAGGUGCUGACAAUCUACGAUGGCGUGUGCCAAGUGUGUGAGGCAGCUCGCUCUGGACUCUGUAAGUUAAAGGAGAGGACCUGCAAUAUAGAUGGGAUGUGUUUUUCCGAAGGAGACUCCAAUCCCACAAGCCCAUGCCUCCUCUGUAAUCCUGCUACGUCAAAAUUCACAUGGUCUUUGAAUCAAGCUCUGAAGCCAGUCAUCCCCAGCACUGAAACCCCUGCCCCUUUAACUGUCAACAAGAGGCCCAACAGCAGCCCCGACCCUCAUCCUCCACCCGGGAUGCCCACGCUCAGGCCCAGGCACCCACAGAGCAGCACAGCGGCUGGGAAGGCCCAGGCUGGACCUCCCCCUCCUGGUCGUGGACGUGGCAUCGGUUCUGGGUUGGGCCUGGCGCCUAACGUGACAGCCUCCUGUGCCACAAGGCCUUGUUUCCCAGGAGUCCAAUGCAUCGAUCGUCGUCCUCCAUACGUCGGUUAUGUCUGCAGCCGCUGCCCUCCAGGUCUCCACGGCAACGGGCGAACAUGCACAAAAACACCUCAAACAACUGGCCCCAAGCUGUCUCAGCCACUGGUCCCAGGCAAGAGCAGUCGAUCCCAGCACAACCGCAGUCAAGUCUUCCAGGUACACCUGCCUGUGAUGCCCUCCAGGCAUGGAGUCAAACGUCAAUUCAUGCCUGUCUCACGGCCCUAUCAGAACCCAGCACGCCCAGCCACCUCCCCCCCCCAAAGACCUGUGACGGCGAGAAAAGAGGUCACCCUGCCAUCUAGACACACACCUGGUUCAUCCGUCAAUGCCCUCCGCCUCACCACGGGAACCCGUCACGGUGCCCACCCCAGGAUGGAUGCCAAAGUGGCACGUGAUGGUACCAGCAUGACUUCCUUCAAGGUGACCCCCAGAGAGGCUGGCGGAGGCAUGCCGAGCGCCAACUUCGCCAAGGAUACGGAGAGCAGCCGGCAGACAGCCCAGCAGAGCCUCAACACGGUGAAGCCCACCUUGACCAGGCCCUGGACCCCCCCUAAAGCAGUGGCCCCACUGACUGCGGCCCUCACCGCCUUCUCCUACUCCCUCUCCGAGGCCGAGUUCUCCGCUGAUGGAGAUCUAACAGGGCCGGACUCCGACCCUCCAGACCCGCCCCAGCCCCAGCCGGCCCUGACCCUCACCACCCCGGCCAGGCAGGUAACUCUCCCAGGCCACCACACCUCAGCCUUGCACCGGGUCUCACCUCCAUUCCCCAGGCCCAGGAACAGUGUGACAGAAAGGUGGCCGCUCUCCUGCGCUAACCUACCCUGCUUCCCCGGGGUCCAGUGCGAGACCACCAAAGAUGGGCGUUUCCGCUGCGGAAGAUGUCCCCUUGGUUACACCGGAGACGGACAAGCAUGCAGAGCUGUGUGCAGGCAUGCGUGUGGCAGGAACAUGGAGUGCGCGGCUCCCAACACAUGCCGCUGUAAAGCAGGCUACACCGGCCUCAACUGUCAGACAGCGAUCUGCCAGCCCGUGUGCGAGAACGCGGGCCGGUGCGUCGCCCCCGGUGUGUGUGAGUGCGAGAGAGGCUAUCACGGGGAGACUUGCCAGGAAGCUUUGUGUUCUCUGCCUUGUGAACACGGUGGUACCUGUGUGGGGCCACACACCUGCUCGUGCCCAUACGGCUUCGUUGGACCAAGAUGUGAAACCAUGGUGUGUAACCGACACUGUCACAACGGAGGUGAGUGUGUGUCCCCGGACGAGUGCACUUGCCUGCAUGGAUGGACUGGACCCUCUUGUGAAUCAGCUCUGUGUUCCCCCCUGUGUCUGAACGGAGCAACAUGUGUCCGCCCGGACACCUGCACUUGUCCGCACGGCUUCUACGGGGCCCAGUGUCAAAACGCUGUGUGCAGCCCGCCCUGCACCAAUGGGGGCCUCUGCAUGCGCAACAACGUCUGCUCCUGCCCCGAAGGAUACACCGGGGGACGCUGCGAGAAGAGCGUGUGCGAGCCCCUGUGUGUGAGCGGAGGGAGGUGUGUCGGCCCCAACGUGUGUGACUGUCCGUCUGGCUGGAGUGGCCAGCGUUGUGAGAAACCCAUGUGUCUGCAGAGGUGUCUGAACGGAGGCGAGUGUGUGGGCCCUAACACCUGCCACUGCUCCCAGGGGUGGCAUGGCAUGCUGUGCCAAAUCCCUCUCUGCGAACAGAAGUGCCUUUAUGGGAGCCGCUGUAUCCAACCUAGCGUCUGUGCGUGCAGAAAGGGAUAUUCAGGGCCGCUAUGUGCCAGGAAGCUUCCUAUUCCGAGAGGCUGAAGUACCAACUUUGAACAAUGUGCACUGAAGAACCUGGAGCAUACUUCUUCACAGGGCCACUACCCAGGGAACUCCAGUAUAUCUAAUGUUAUUGUCAUUUUGUACUCUAAAUAGUAGAAAUACAAUUUCCAAAGUACAUUAUGUAUAAAGAUAAUAUGUCUAAUUGGUAUUGUAUGAGUCAACAACUCCAUUUCCUUUAUCUUUAAAAAAAUGAAACUGUAACUAUUUUGGUCAACAAAUAUUUCACAAAUGAUGUGAUAUUGUGAUAUCGUAAAUAUUCUACUGUGUCUGUAGCAUUAAAUGAAGCAGACCAACAUACAUUUAGAAACAGGAUGACUCAUUUAUGAACCAAUAGAUCUUGUUUUAUAUUAACUUAUUUGGUUGUGAGAUUAUAUUGUGUAUUGAAGUGUUGUAUACAGUAUGUCCUCCAUAUACUGUAUGUUUAUAAUUUUUUAAUAAAAGGGCAAGUGUGUUAAA